UCUAUUAACAUCCAAAGCUCUCACACAAUUGGGAAGGACAAAUAUUCUCUCUUUCCCACAAAAAUGAGUGGAGGCAUUAACAAACCAACUUCCACUCUCUUCAUUUUUCUUUUCCUUUUUGCUUCUUCUGUUCAAUCAGCUCGUCCCCCAUUUGCCUGUGACCCAAAAGAUGGGGCAACUAAAAAGUUUCCUUUUUGUCAAACCAACUUGCCCAUUGGUGACAGAGUAAGGGACCUCAUUGGGCGAUUGACAUUACAAGAGAAGGUGAAAUUGUUGGGAAACAAUGCUGCAGCUGUGCCAAGGCUGGGUAUUAAAGGGUAUGAAUGGUGGUCAGAGGCACUACAUGGAGUUUCAAAUGUAGGACCAGGGACUAAGUUUGGAGGUGAUUUUCCAGGAGCUACCAGUUUCCCUCAAGUCAUUACAACUGCUGCUUCUUUCAAUGCUUCCUUGUGGGAAGAAAUUGGACGGGUGGUAUCAGAUGAAGCAAGAGCAAUGUACAAUGGAGAGAUGGGAGGUCUGACAUAUUGGAGCCCAAACGUGAACAUUUUACGAGACCCAAGGUGGGGACGGGGACAGGAGACACCCGGUGAGGAUCCAGUGGUAGCCGGUAUAUACGCAGAGCGUUACGUGAGAGGUUUACAGGGAAACGAAUUAGGUGACCGGCUGAAAGUAGCAGCAUGUUGCAAGCACUAUACGGCCUAUGACCUCGAUAAUUGGAGUGGGGUUGAUAGAUUCCAUUUUAAUGCUAAGGUUAGCAAGCAAGACAUUGAAGAUACAUUUGAUGUACCAUUUAGAAGUUGUGUUAAAGAAGGUAAAGUGGCUAGUAUUAUGUGCUCCUACAAUCAAGUCAAUGGCAUACCAACUUGUGCUGAUCCAGAACUUCUCCGCAAAACCAUACGCGGUGGUUGGGGUCUCAAUGGGUACAUUGUAUCCGACUGUGACUCCGUCGGAGUUUUCUACGAAAGCCAACACUACACCUCAACACCUGAGGAAGCUGCUGCUGAUGCUAUCAAAGCGGGCCUGGAUUUGGACUGUGGGCCUUUUCUGGCCCAACAUACUGAGAAUGCAGUGCAUAGUGGUAUACUCAAAGAGGCUGCUAUUGAUGCCAAUUUAGCUAAUACAGUUGCUGUUCAGAUAAGGCUUGGAAUGUUUGAUGGAGAACCAUCAGCCCAGCCUUAUGGACAUCUUGGCCCAAGAGAUGUUUGCAGCCCGGCCCAUCAAGAACUCGCACUUGAAGCUGCUAGACAGGGCAUUGUUCUGCUUAAGAAUCAUGGUCCUGCUCUUCCUCUUUCUCCUCGACGCCAUCGUACUGUUGCUGUCAUUGGACCUAAUUCUGAUGUUACCGUCACGAUGAUUGGAAAUUACGCAGGUGUUGCAUGUGGAUACACAAGCCCAUUGCAAGGAAUAACAAAGUAUUCAAAGACCAUUCACCAAAAAGGUUGUGGCGAUGUGGCAUGCACUGAUGAUAGACUCUUUGCUGGAGCAUUAGAUGCUGCACGUCAAGCGGAUGCAACAGUGUUAGUAAUGGGCCUGGACCAGUCUAUUGAGGCUGAAUUCAGAGAUAGAACUGGGCUACUAUUGCCUGGAUUCCAACAAGAACUUAUCUCCGAGGUAGCCAAGGCCUCAAGAGGCCCUGUAAUAUUGGUUCUUAUGUCCGGAGGCCCAGUUGAUGUUACAUUCGCUAAUAACGAUCCUCGAAUUGGUGGUAUUGUUUGGGUUGGCUAUCCUGGACAAGCUGGUGGUGCUGCCAUUGCUGAUGUCCUUUUUGGAGCCCAUAAUCCAGGUGGAAAGCUGCCAAUGACAUGGUAUCCACAGGAGUACCUGAACAAUUUACCAAUGACAACAAUGGACAUGCGAGCAAAUUUAGCCAAAGGCUAUCCUGGAAGAACUUACCGUUUCUACAAAGGUCCAUUAGUAUACCCAUUCGGACACGGAUUAAGCUACACAAAAUUCAUAACCACGAUUUCUGAAGCUCCAAAAAUGUUGGCCAUUCCAAUAGGCGGCCACCAUACUCUCAACACCACUAGCACAUCGAACAAGGCAGUGAGGGUGACACACGCAAAAUGCAGUAAGCUAUCAAUUCAGGUUCAUAUCGACGUGAAAAAUGUGGGAUCAAAGGACGGUUCACACACACUGCUAGUAUUUUCGAAGUCUCCAGUUGGGCUAUGGGCGCCACAUAAGCAAUUGGUUGCGUUUCAGAAAGUGUAUGUACCAGCAGGAUCGCAGCAACAUGUGGUGAUACAUAUUCAUGUGUGCAAGUAUUUAAGUGUGGUAGAUAGGGCUGGUGUUCGAAGAAUUCCUAUAGGAGAACACAGUCUUCAUAUUGGUGAUGCUAAGCAUUCCUUAUCCCUUCAAGCAUCAGUUCUUGGGGUUAUUAAAUCUUGAUUUUUUUUUUCUUUUUCAUUGUGGGUAAAAUCUCCACAUAAAGAUGUCUUUGCGUUUAACGGAGAUUAUUCUUUCCCCAAUUAUUCUUAUUCAACAAGGGGAUAAGCACAAUAUUAGAUUUUAUUAAGUAAGAAGAAAGAGGAUACUGUAUGGAAAAUUGUAACUUUCAAUUGAAACAAAUGGGUAUCCAUUUCAAAGCUUUUUCCAACA